AGACUCGUUUUUAUGCCUCUGACGCGUUCAAAUAAUUGAUAAAAAAAAUAAAAUUUGAAUGCCAUCCCUAUCCCCCCCUCCAUUUCGUAAAGGGUCACAUUCCAUGUCAACCUUCCUAUCCGGUCCUAAAGCUCAUUUGAUCACUAUGUCCAUGACUCGUCAGACUAAACGUUAUGUCCUUCUUUUGGCCACGGCCAUCAGUGUCCUCUACAUUCUUCACUAUCUCCAAUAUGGAGGUAGCAAGUCCGGAGAUGGAUCCUCCUCUUCCGGAGGCGUGGUUCAAAUGUCUCGCCGAACGGCCAUGAUCGCCUCCGAUGGCACUGUUCACGAGUACGAUCGUCAAUCUCCACUGAUCUUCAUCGGAGGCGUGCCCAGAUCGGGCACCACCCUCAUGAGAGCCAUGUUGGAUGCUCAUCCUGCCGUUCGAUGCGGCGAGGAAACCCGUGUGGUGCCUCGGAUCUUGCAGAUGCGGGCCCACUGGAUGAAAUCUCAGAAAGAAGCCACUCGUCUGGAGGAGGCUGGCCUAGGUGGUGAUGUACUGGAUUCGGCGAUCAGUGCAUUCAUUCUGGAAGUGGUGGCUCGACAUGGAGAGCCCUCGGAGAGACUUUGCAACAAGGACCCGUUCACUCUGAAAUCGGGCACCUAUUUGAAGAAACUGUUUCCCAAUGGAAAGUUCCUGUUCAUGGUGAGAGAUGGGCGAGCUAGUGUUCACUCGAUCAUCACGCGGAAGGUCACCAUCACCGGGUUCGAUCUCAAGUCGUAUCGGCAGUGUCUCACCAAGUGGAACGCAGCCAUUUCGGCCAUGAACGAUCAGUGUAACGAGCUCGGUCCCGAUGGAUGCUUGCGAGUGUAUUAUGAACAACUGGUGCUCCACCCGCGUGAAUGGAUGGAAAAGAUCCUCAAGUUCUUGGGACUGCCUUGGAAAGAGGAGGUUUUGCAUCAUGAGCAACAAAUCAAUAAACCCAAUGGGAUCUCACUUUCCAAGGUGGAACGAUCGUCGGAUCAGGUCGUGAAGCCCGUCAAUAUCGAGGCCCUGAGUAAAUGGGUGGGUCACAUUCCGGAUGACGUGGUCCAAGACAUGGCCGAAAUCGCACCAAUGCUCAACAAGAUGGGAUACGAUCCCAAUGGCAAUCCUCCGGUCUAUGGACGACCCGACUCAGAAGUGGCCAAAAACAUGGAGCAGAUCAAGCAAAACGAGCAAUAUUGGGAUGACAAGGGUGACUUGGUCAAGAAACAGUCCAAGAAAGGAGUCCUGCAAGGCCGAUAGCAGUAGGAAUUCAGUCCCCUGAGAAACGGAUCCAUGAGUCACAAACAAGGCCAUGCAUCUUGUUCCUGCUUGUGUAUUGUGAUAAUGCUUUCUUUGGAUACGCAACUGGCUCCUCGAAAACCCACGCACCUCUUCGAUCGCUACUGCACGUUAAUCUUGCUUUUAAGAGACCAUAUUUGUUGUUAUCCAUAAGCCUCCCUUUGCUCUCAUGGUGUCACAUUCAUUUUAGAUAGCGUCACAUUUUCUGUUUACGAAUUGAAAUCUCAUGCCUAAUACUAACCCGCCUACUUUUGAAAUCAUCAAUAUCAGUGCCGAUUGUGUUCUCUAUAUUAUUUCUAGUGGUGUGGCUUAUUGUAAGACAAAAAAUGACGAUGACAAAUGGGUUGCCACGCCUGCUACGAAAUCAAAGAAGAGAAUUGUCGUUUUCCAAGAUACAGAGACACAUCUUAGACAUGACGGCGCUGCUGGCCUUUACGAAAUGAGUAAUACUUGGACAUGCCAUAGACUCUCUAAUAAUCCAAUCUGAGAACUGAAACGUCCAUAACAAAUUGUCUACGUCUUUACAUUCUACAACAGGCAAAUUUCGAACAAUUUUCAGGGCCUCUCCUCAAGUGGGAGGUACUUCCAGAAUGACUUAUGAAAUAGCUGAAACAGGUGAUCUUAAUCAGUUGUGCGGAGGGUAGAGGGCGCUGCUCGAGAUCGCAAACUUUCAGUUGCGUGACAUCAUUUGAAUGAAUUCCCAAAAGACCCCUGGUAUUGUCUGUUUGAUUCCUUCGUUCCAUCGAUGUGUCUGAACCUGUGAGGGCAAGAUUGUUAAAUGUUUGAACUCUCAAGUGAUAUGUAUUGUAUAAAACGUGAAAUAUAUUGGCAAAUCAUUUGAA